GAAGCCUGAUCCUGCGCCGCAACGAAGACAAGCCACGCUUCCGAAGCAUUGUCCACGCAGUGCAGGCUGGCAUCUUUGUGGAGAGGAUGUACAGACGAACCUCCAACAUGACUGGUUUCAGUUAUCCUCCAAAUGUCAUCACUGUUCUCAAGCAUGUAGACAUGUGGUCCUUUGAUGUUUUUGCAUUGAAUGAUGCCAGCGGAGACCACGCUCUGAAAUUUGUCUUCUAUGAACUACUCACCAGAUACGACUUGAUCAAUCGUUUCAAGGUCCCCAUCUCUGCCCUCAUAUCAUUUGUGGACUCGUUGGAGGUGGGCUACAGCAAAUACAAGAACCCCUACCACAACCUGAUGCAUGCUGCCGACGUCACACAGACCAUCCAUUACUUCCUUCUCAAGACUGGCAUAGUGCACUGGCUAACUGAGUUGGAAAUCUUUGCCAUAAUCUUUGCAGCUGCCAUCCAUGACUUUGAACAUACAGGGACCACCAAUAACUUUCAUAUUCAGACCAGGUCAGACACAGCCAUGUUGUACAAUGACCGAGCCGUUCUGGAGAACCACCAUGUCAGUGCUGCCUAUCGCCUUCUACAGAACGAUGACGAAAUGAACAUCCUCUCUAAUCUUUCCAAAGAUGACUGGAGAGAGCUGCGGACUCUGGUAGUGGAGAUGGUGCUGGCCACUGACAUGUCGUGCCACUUCCAGCAGAUCAAAGCCAUGAAAGGCCUUUUGCAACAGCCUGAGGCGAUUGACAAACCAAAGGCCUUAUCCCUGCUUCUGCACACCGCUGACAUCAGCCACCCAGCCAAACGCUGGGAACUUCAUCACCACUGGACCACAUCCCUACUAGAGGAGUUCUUCAGACAGGGUGAUAAAGAAGCAGAGCUGGGUCUACCUUUCUCUCCUCUCUGUGACCGCAAAUCCACCAUGGUGGCCCAGUCCCAAAUCGGAUUCAUCGACUUCAUUGUGGAGCCAACGUUCACAGUACUGACGGAAAUGAUCGAGAAGAUUGUGACGCCGCUCAUCGAGGAGGCGUCUCGCUCUGGAUUGACGGGCUUCAGGCACUCUAGUAUCAACAGUAUUAGUGGCAGUGAUGGCAAACAUUCCAGUGUGAAGAGUACAGGCUCAGACGGCAGCUGCUCUCUGACCACAGUGGACUUCAAAAGCUUCAAGGUCACAUGGAACCAAGAGAUUCAUCACAACAGAGAAUUAUGGAAAGCCCAGGCAGCUAAAGAUGUAAAGAUCAGGAAGGAGGGAGAGGAGGAUGGUCAAAAAAAGAAGGAAACAGAAGAGGAGAAAAAGCCAAGAACUGUUGACGGAGCCAACACGGGACAGGAGGAGGCGGGGGACAGGCCGCAGCAGGAGGAGCAACAGCCUAAAAAGGGGGAAGGAGACAAAAAUCCAGGAAGGGCUGUGGGCUCCUUGCAGGGAUCAGACCCAAAUGACGCAGACAAGAGGAAACCUGAGAGCCACACAGAUAAGCAGCAGCGGCAGAGUCAGAAUGACCCUCAACCUGACUGUCCUCUAAUCCAUUGCUACAAGAGACCCAGCUACUGUGCCAGCUCCUACCGGCUGGUCAGGUCAAAGGUCACUGAGAUGCGGCCCAUCGAUGCCAGAGGAAAAGCCAGGAGACUGCAGCGCAUCUCCCUGCGUCGCAGAAAGUGACCAGUAUAGUAUACUGGAGAGUUCAACAUCAGUAUGAUGUCACAUCACAAAAUACUCCUGCAUGAUUGUCUCUCUUUAUAUUUGCAUAUUGCAGCCUUAUAUUCCAGCUGAUCUUGCUGCUGCCCUCUGCUGGUGAUGUCUUUCCCCUUUAUCACUGCCAUCUCCUUUCUCUUUGUACAGUGGUUAGCACUGUCCCCUCACAGCAAGAAGGUUCCAGGUUCAAAUCCUGUGUCAUCCUGGGCUUUUCUGUGUGGCGUUUGCAUGUUCUCCCUGUGCCUACGUGGGUUCUGUCCAAGUUCUCCGGCUUCCUCCCACAGUCCAAAGACGUGCAGGUCAGGCUAUUUGGUAACCAUUUCAGAUGAGCAGUAUAGAUGAUGAAUGGAUGGAUGGAUGGAUUUAUAUUUUAUUGUCUGUGGGCAUACCCAUUGCUUGUACUGCUUGACCUCCUCUCCCAGCCAGGUGUGAACAUUUAUGUGCUCUUUUAUCUAGCUGUGCUAAGCAGUAAGCUUAUUCUUAUUGUUUGUUUUUGCCUAUUUUGUUAUGUUCAGGGCUGCAUAUAGAAUCUCAGUACUAAUGGUACUCUAAUGUGUCUAGCACUGAGAAUCAGAAACUCAUAGCUACUGAGAGCUGAACUGUUUUAAUUAAACGCUCCUCAGUCAUUUGAUGCGUUUAAAUCAGCAUCAAGAAGAUACAGUUAAAUGUCUCUGGAAUUAUAAGUGUGUGAAAGUUAGAGCUAGCAUUGUAUGAAUGCGUGUGUGAGCGGGGCUUUGUGGAAAACAAAAUGGAUUUACGUUUUUUGGCUUAAGGCCUCACUGACAUACAUGAUGUGUAUGUUUUUAUUCUAAAAUCUUCAGAUAUCAGUUAUCUCCCAUGGUUAUUUCUCCCAAAGGGGAUGCAGUUUAUUUUAUCUCCCUCUGGCAGCUUUUUUUUUUUUUUUUUUUAACAUAUGGGCACAAACACUAUAAUUUCCAGCAAGAAAGCUGUAAAACCAGUUGACUUCAGGAGUUUGUUAUUGUAAAAGAAGUAAUGCCCUUACAGUUGAUAUUUUUUUAUUCUUUAUAUUUCAUUUCUUUUCACCCUUGUGGCAAGGCUCUGAUUCCCAGUAAAACAGAAAUAAAUAGAACUGUUAUCCCACUAAAAGUGUAUUCCAUAUGUGACUUUAACCCCAAUGCCCUAGAUGUUUUUGUACAUUACUUAAAUUUAAUUUCAUGUGUUUCACAAGACUAAUGUAAAUUUGUGUCAGGGAACUGAAGUACCACCACAAAAACAUUAAAUUAUCUUUCUUUAAUUCUGGUGCAGUGAGGGGAGUAGAAAAAGACACAAUGUGAAAAUUGAAUUUUUGGUCAAAGCAACAUUUAAUGAGACUGAACAUAAAAAUAUAUUUUGACAACAAAAUAAAAAUUAA